UGGUCCCCCAGAAGGGAAAAAACACCUCCCUGCGCAGUCACUUCCUUCCGGGCUUCUGGCUUCUGGGGCGAAAGUGCCCUUUGUCUCUCCCAGGAAUUGCAUCGGUGGCGCCAUCUGGGAUCUGGACUUGGUCGCACCUCUAAUUAGGAGGCAAAAAGGCCUUGAGGCAGAAAUUGGCAGGAGACGAAGGAGUUCCUGCAGCCCUCUUGGAGGCUUUUGUAGAGCAGAUCACAGAUGGAUGGGGAAGACUCAUUUGGCUCAGAAGCAGGAAGAGGCUCCCAUAUCACCCAAAAGGGAAGCAGUGAAGAAUUCUGGGAAAGAACCAUGCAGAUGGUCCUGAGUGAGGAGGACACCCUCAGGUCAGAUGUGCAGCGGCAACAGUUCAGGCAUUUCCACUACCAGGAUGCUGAGGGGCCCCGAGAGGUUUGCAGCCAACUCCACCGUCUCUGCUGUCAGUGGCUGAAGCCAGAGCGACACGCAAUGUCUCAGAUGCUGGACCUGGUGAUCCUGGAGCAGUUCCUGGCUGUCCUUCCACCGGAAAUGGAGUGCUGGGUGAGGGAAUGUGGAGCGGAGACCACUUGCCAGGCAGUGGCCCUGGCCGAAGGUUUCCUCCUGAGCCGGACAGAGGAGAAGAAGCAGGCAGAGCAGCAGGGAAAGGAUCCGUUUGCGGAAAUGGGCACAGAUUUGCUUGCUGCAGAAAGGAUCCCAUGGGACGUCAGGCAAAGGCCACUGGGUGAUGAAAUUAUGCCAGCAAGACCUCCUCAGGCAUCUCUUCUUUGGCGUGGAGGCCGUGCAACCGCUUUGGAACCAGAUCAGGGUCCAGUGUCCUAUGAGGAUGUGGCUGUGAAUUUCACGGAGGAGGAGUGGGCCCUGCUGGAUCCUGACCAGAGAGCUGUGCAUAAGGAAGUCAUGGAGGAGAAUUUUGGGAUUUUGGCCUCACUUGAAGGCGACAAAUUGGAAACCAAGAAUAAAGGAGACCACGACAAAAUCCACACAGUGGAGACAGCAUGUAAGCAUUUGGAGUGUGGAGAGAGCUUCAGUCAGAGCUCCCAGCAAAGAACUGACAAUGGGGAGAAACCGUAUCAGUGCUUGGAAUGUGGAAAAAGCUUCAGCUGGAAGAAAAGCUUCAAUGCACAUCAAAGAAUUCACAACGGGGAGAAGCUGUAUCAAUGCUCGGAAUGUGGAAUGAGCUUCACUUGGAAGAAAAGCCUCACUUCCCAUGAAAGAAUUCAUACCGGGAAGAAGCUGUAUCAAUGUCCAGAAUGUGGAAAGAGCUUUGAUAAAAGAACAAACUUCCAUAAUCAUCAAAGAAUCCACACAGGGGAGAAACCGUACCAGUGCUUGGAAUGUGGAAAACGCUUCAGUCAGAGCACCAAUCUCACCUCUCAUCAAAGAAUUCACAGUGGGGAGAAAUCGUAUCAGUGCUUGGAAUGUGGAAAGAGCUUCACCUGGAAGAAAGGCCUCACUUCCCAUCAAAAAAUUCAUACAGGGGAGAAGCUAUAGCAAUGCUUGGAAUUCAGGAAGAGAUUUAAUAGAAGCAGAAGCUUCUGCCGUCAUCAAAGAAUUCAUGUAGGAGACCAACCAUAAAAGCAGUGGCAGCUGCUGGUCAUUGGAUCUGGGAGGGGCUGCUAAGACGUCACAGAGGUGUGGGCACCUUCUUCUGGUGUUCUCCUCAUCCUCCUCUCUUGCAAAGUUACUGUGGCCCCUUAAGCGCUGCAACUGUACAAAUACUUCACAUCUACCUAAACUGAACUUAAUUUUGGUUUGGAAGGGGUUCCUGCUAACACUGUUGCUUCUCUGCUAGGAGGAAAGUUGUGCAGCCUCCACUUGUUCUCUCCCUACGCUCCUACUUUGCAAAGUUUACAGUGGACAAUUAAACUUUACAGUUGUAUCCAUA